AAUGAUCUGCCUGCCUGCCGCUGACUCGUUUUACAAGCCGGUGAUUUACGUUAUUUGUAGUUUUCCUGCUAACAACAGGCUGCUUGUCAGCGCGCGCACGCUGCGCGCCGUUUGCCUGCCUACUUCAGGGAAGCUGGCGAGUGCGGGGGAGUGAGGAAAGACAGUAAUUUUUUCCUCUGCUCCUGAGGGGUCCCCUUCUCUAUAUAAGGCUCUCUGAGAAGCUCAGAAAGUCUCACAGUUCCUAGUUGCUUCAGGAACACCGCCAACAAGCAGCAGCAGCAGCAGCGAGCCCCGCGGCAGCCUGGUCCUCUCACAAGGGAAUAAAAUAUAAACUGCUCCGUGUUCCGAAAUAUUCAAGCAACUGGAGACAAGCAAGGUUGUGUCUGGGACACAGAAGAGCUGCAUUCGCACAAAAAAACGCUGUCUACUGUAGUCUGAAAGUCUAACCCAGACAUCUGGGUGUCAGAAUGACCUGUGCUGUCAUGGCCUGGCUCCCUGUCCUGUCCCUCUCCCUCCUGCUGUUGUGCGUCAGGGACUCAGCUUCCCUCUUCCUGCCUGAUUCCAAGGAACUCAGGCAGCUGUUGAGCCGCUACGAGGAGGAAAUGGACCAGAACAGCACCAGCAACACAGCUGGCAGUAGGACCCGACGAGCCAUCCGCUGGUCAGACCGCGAGGAGAUUGUCCAGCUGCACAACAAGCUGAGGGGCAGUGUUUACCCCACUGCCUCCAACAUGGAGUCCAUGAUAUGGGAUGAUGAGUUGGAGCGGUCUGCUACUCAUUGGUCCGAGGAGUGUCAAUGGGAUCAUGGACCUCAGGACCUGCUCAUGUCUAUUGGACAGAACCUGGCUGUUCACUGGGGCAGAUACCGCUCCCCUGCCUUCCAUGUCCAGGCCUGGUACGAUGAGGUGAAAGACUACACCUAUCCCUACCCCCAUGAGUGCAAUCCCUGGUGUCCAGAACGCUGCUCCGGACCCAUGUGCACCCAUUACACCCAGCUGGUCUGGGCAACCACUAACCGUGUUGGCUGUGCUGUGCACGUGUGUCCAAGGAUGAACGUGUGGGGAGAAAUAUGGGAGAAUGCCGUUUACCUUGUGUGCAACUAUUCCCCAAAGGGCAACUGGAUCGGUGAGGCCCCAUACCAGCAUGGCCGCCCUUGUUCCCAGUGCCCUCCCAGCUAUGGAGGAGGAUGCAGGAACAACCUGUGUUACAAAGACUCCCAGCGCUCAGAGACAGAGGACAUGAAUGAGGUGGAGAAGCCUCAGGUUCCACUCCCACCUCGCACCACUGCCAAACCUGCCUUCAAACCCAAGUCCUUUGCUCCAAAGAAACCAGUGUCCAGGCCCGCCACUCCUAAGCCCACCAUUCCCAGAACUCCUUCUUCAAAGACUCCCAGUAACACCUACCUGGCUCAGAACAUUAAGUGUGAGACUAGACUGCGAGAUAAGUGCAGAGGAGCAACCUGCAACAGAUUUAAUUGUCCUGCCAAUUGCCUGAAUAAAAAAGGGAAAGUUUGGGGGACCGUCUUCUACGAUGUGCAAUCAAGUAUUUGCCGUGCUGCUAUCCAUUUUGGCGUGAUUGACAACAACGGAGGACUGGUUGACGUCACAAGACAGGACAAGUUUCCGUUCUUUGUCAGAGCCAUAAAAAAUGGCAUUGAGUCUUCCAGUAAAUAUAAAUCUGGCAAUGCAUUUGUGGUGGCCAAAGUGGAAGAAAUGUCUGUUGACUGCUACACCACAGUGGCUGAAAUCUGCCCAUUCAAGAAGCCUUUCUCACACUGCCCAAGAGUCUCCUGUCCAGCCAACUGCAAAAAUCAGCCUUCCUCUUGGUCACCAGUGAUCGGGAACAGCAUCUAUACAGAUCACUCUAGUAUUUGUAAAGCAGCUAUCCAUGCAGGGGUGAUCAAAGCAGACGGGGGCUUAGUGGACGUUCUACCACUGGACAAGAGAAAGAAGUAUGUUGGCGUCCUGAAAAAUGGCAUCCAGUCUGAAAGCCAGAGCAACACAGAGGGAGGCUCUUUCCGUGUCUUUGUUGUGAGGGAGUGAGUCGUCAGCUCAGAAGUCCAAACACCAACAGAGUCACCUCAGUUGCUCUUGAAGAGCAGGAAGUGCCCACAGGUUGGAUACCAUGGCUAUUCAUCUGUCUCAGUGCCUUCAGUGGGAGCAAAACGUCCCGACAGAUUGAUAGACACUUUCCCCUCUAGUUAAUAAACAGUAGCCACCCAGUAAAAGUCAUCGUUCAAUAUUUUGAUGGACCUUUAUGUUUUCUCAGCUUUUAACUCCAGAUAUAGAUAUUUCUUAAACAUACUUAAUCUGUGAAAACAAAAUGUUUUUAUAUAUUUUAUGAUGCAUUGAACAGCUGGUGCUGGAUCUCUGUUUUGACAUUUGCUAAGUUUUGAGUUAGACAUGUUUUCCAGAAAGUAUUAUGUUUACAUCGAUGUUCUUAUUACAACGUUUAAAUUGGUUUUCAUACACAGGAAUGUUUACUGAUCACACUGUAUUUAAUCAAUGUGUACAGAAUAUAUGAUAUUUUUUUUGUUUUAAAAAUGGAGUACAAUAUACAUUUUUUUAUGUUCUAUUCUAUUUGUAUUUUGUUUAAUUGCCUUCUUCUGCUCACCUGGAUAAUCUUUACGUUUCUACUCCUGAAGAUUUAGACUGUGAAACCAAAAGUCUAAAUUGUAUUUAUGAGUUUAAUGGAGGGAUGAUUGUGUUUCAGUGAGUAGGGAUGUUUUGUUGGCUGGGUAGACCAGAACUCGUCAGGCAGAUACUUAUAGAGGGGAAACAGUGUGGUAGAUGGAAGUGUGUACAGGCAGCAGGCACUGCUGUGGGGAAAUAAUGUUUCCCUUAAUAAGGCUGGUGUCACUGCAGUUCCAGACAUGUGGAGGUGAUUUAUAGAAGGUGUUACAUUGCUCUGUUCGCUGUGGAGUCUGCGAUAGUUGGUGCAGAUGGGCAUCAAGAAUGGUGGCGAUAUUGUGGAUGUAUUCAAUGACAAUCACAGUCAGCAGAUAUGUUGAAAAUAAUAAGCAGUCAUACGUCAUUUCUGUAUUUAUUGUUGCUUACUGCUUUCCUCAUUUCCUUUUUUUUGUCGCUGUAUGAUAUAUAAAAAGUGCUCAAAUUGUUGCCCCCCUCCCUCCCACACCUAAGACAGAUGAAUGUGUCACAUGUUUCAGGUACAGAGAGAGUUUUUUUUGUGUAGAGAUUAUUUUGAGGUGUUUGUGAAUGUGCUUAAGAUUCUCAUCAUCAAACUGAAAUUUAUGCACUUUUGGAACAAUUUACACUUUGCAGUGCAUGCAAGAGGCAGACACCUGUAAUGUCCAUUACUAUACUGGAUUGAGGCACUGUUGCCAUUGGUACAGCCCUGAUUUUAAUGUUUGUUUGUUUUUUUUAAUUUAUCUUUACACUUUUUUGUAGUGGCACUUAAAUUGACAGAAAAAAGCAUUUUAGCAUAGUUAACAUCCCUCACUGAAACUAAUAUUAAGUCCCGUUUUUGUUGCAAAACUGGAUCGGCGAGAUCUGAAAGUCCGAAAUUACAUCAGAUACAUUGGUACCAUAUAGCCUUGUUGCUCUAACUGUUGGUUUCCUUUAGGAUACAAACCAUGGUAACGGAUUGUUUUCAGAAUAAAGACACACAUACAUGGCCUAGAAAAAAUGAAUCAGUAACUUUAAAAUCUCUUCUUUCAAACAUAUUUUAACUUUAUCUCUUUAUUCUACCUCAGUGCUAUCGCUACGCUAGGCAUUUAGGUCUUUUCUAUAUGGGUUUUUUAAAAUGGGAAAUGAUAAAGGUUUUGUAAAGUUAUGGGAACUGUAAAUACUAUUAUUUUUGUUCAUGAAUCAUCCUUUAUGCAGCAAGAUUAUAAUUAAAAUGUGUGAAUUUGUUUUGUCUUGGUUGUAUCGUUUUUAUACAGGUGUAGGAUGGGUUCUAUAUUUUUUGCACAACUUGAAAAUAAAGUAUGACUUACAAAUACUUCAA